AUGCCCUCCACGUCUCCGGCGGGGCCCUCGGCCGUGGCUGCCCCCAAUUCCACGGCAGUGGCGGCUGCGUGGACCAACGACAGCGUGCCAGAGAUGCCCCUGUUCCACCUCUUUGCCCAGCUGGACGAGAAGCUGCACACCGCCUUCCCGGGCCUGUGGGUGGCCCUGAUGGCGGUGCACGGCGUCAUCUUCCUGGCAGGGCUGGUGCUCAACGGGCUGGCGCUGUACGUCUUUGGUUGCCGCGCCCGGGCCAAGACGCCGUCGGUCAUCUACACCAUCAACCUGGUGGUGACCGACCUGCUGGUGGGCCUGUCCCUGCCCACGCGCUUCGCCGUCUUCUACGGCACCCGCGGCUGCCAGCGCUGCGCCCUGCCGCACGUCUUCGGCUACUUCCUCAACAUGCACUGCUCCAUCCUCUUUCUCACCUGCAUCUGCGUGGACCGCUACCUGGCCAUCGUGCAGCCUGAUGGCUUCCGCCGCUGGCGCCAGCCUGCCUGCGCCAGGGCCGUGUGCGCCUUCGUGUGGCUGGCCGCCGGCGCCGUGACCCUGUCCGUGCUCAGCGUGACGGCCACCGGCGGGCCCUGCUGCCACGUCUUCGCACUGACGGUCCUGGAGUUCCUGCUGCCGCUGCUGGUCCUCAGCGUGUUCACAGGCCGCAUCGUGUGCGCGCUGUCGCGGCCGGGCCUGCUGCUCCAGGGCCGCCAGCGCCGCGUGCGGGCCAUGCAGCUGCUGCUCACCGUGCUGGUCAUCUUCCUCGUCUGCUUCACACCCUUCCACGCCCACCAGGCGGCUGUGGCGCUGUGGCCCAGCGUGCCGCACCACACCAGCCUCGUGGUCUAUCACGUGGCCGUGACCCUCAGCAGCCUCAACAGCUGCAUGGACCCCAUCGUCUACUGCUUCGUCACCAGCAGCUUCCAGACCACCGUCCGUGGCCUCUUCCGCCGGCACGGGGCGGGGUGCGAGCCCAACGGCUGCGACGUGGUCGGCGUGGUCGGCGUGGUCGGCCCGCGCAAGGGCUCCCAGGGCUCAGUUUGUCACAUCCUCGGCGCCAGACCUCGUGCCCUCAGGCAGGCCCUGGCUAAGGGGCCCGAGGCGUAG